AUAAAAUUUCAAGUUUAAAAAUUCAUGAGUAAUAACAAUCCUGGGCACUCUUUAGUCAAGUAUAAUACCCCAAUAUUGGUCAGUACAUCCAAGGGAGGCAAGAAAAAAUCUGUGAAAGAGCUGCCUCCCCUCAAGGAGUCAGGAGCAACCAGUAAUGAAGACUUGCUCAACGAAAUACUUCCUCCACGAGAAUAUACCCAGAACGGUCAACUCUGGAUCCAAUACGUCUCAUCUACACCUGCAACAAGAGUUGAUGUGACGAACCUCAAGAAAGAACUAGACACUGAGAUUGACAAGAGGCAGGCGAUCGGCACAGGGAUAUGUCCUCUCAGAGAGGAACUGUAUACUCAGUGAUUUGAUGAACUUAUUCGGCAAAUCACCAUCAACUGUAACGACAGGGGCUAUUUGCUCGUAAAAGUGAGGAAUGAGAUAAACAUGACCAUUCAGGCCUACCAGAGCCUCUAUGAAAGCGCAAUUUCUUCAGGAAUGAGAAAAGCACUCCAAUCUGAACAAAAUAAAAACGAUAUGGCAGACCGCAUUCGUCAAUUAGAAGAUGAAUGACUCGCUCUUGAGAGAGAAAGCGAGGACCUCGAAAUUCAAGUAGAAGAAACUGUAAAAAUUCAUGAAGAAAUUAGGGAAAAAGAAACUUCUUCACAUAAGAAAUGGAAAGAAGAAGUCAAACUGAAGCUCCAAGAGUAUAGAAAUGACAUUGAUGAAGCGCUUUCUAAUCCUCAUAAUCAUAAAUAAU